AUGUCGUUCCUUGGCGGGGCAGAGUGCUCGACGGCGGGCAACCCACUGAGCCAGUUCACCAAGCACGUACAGGAUGACAAGUCGCUACAAAGGGACCGUCUCGUAGGCAGGGGCCCCGGAGGCAUGGAGAGCAUGCGAAGUCAGAUGGGAGCCCCGCAAGACGCUCCCGCACACCUCGGUCCUGCCUUCCAAGACUCGCCCUUUGCCAUGGACCAGAUGCGCCGCGAGCUCGACCAGGCAGCUUCNCCCGCACCCGCCCACUGGGCCGCCGAGUUCGAACCUCAAAUGUCCGACCAGGCUGGCCCUGCAUUCGCCCACCAGAACAACGGAGCCUUCAACCCUCAGGACUUUGCUCGUUUCCAGCAAACAUCAGCCGCGAGGACGGCCAGUCCGCUCGGCAAUGUCCAACAAACACCCAUGUCACGCUAUCAAUCACCCAUGCAAUACGGUGGCAUGUACGGCAACGGCAUGGGUAUGAGAAUGGGCAUNGGGGGUAUGGGAAUGACCGGCAUGGGCAUGAAUGGCAUGCAAACGCCGCAAGACCAGCAACAACAAUCCAAGGGCAAAGAACGCAUGGUCGAGCUGGACGACAAGGACUGGGAAGCUCAAUUCGCCGAGCUGGACGCCCCACAAGAACAACAGGACGCUCAGCUCGAUGCAGAGGCUAAUGCCGCCAUGGAGGCAGAGCUGAACGCCAUGGACAGGUCAGUUGAUCCCGGUCAGAGUGAAACGCUGUUUGGCGACUUCGAGUCGGUAUGGCAGGGCAUCCAAGCUGAGACGACCCAAAACAGAGACUUUGUCACAACCGAUGCCUUCGGCGACGCAACCGACCGUUUCGACCAAUGGGAUGGCUUUGACGGCCUCAACACACAUCGCGAUCCCUCGCUGGGCGAUUACAUGUUCGAAGAUGACAAUCCCUUUGCCGAAUUAGCCAACCCUUAUGACGAGGGCAUCAAAAUCAUGCGUGAAGGCGGCAACCUCUCACUCGCUGCCCUAGCCUUCGAGGCCGCUGUACAGAAAGAUGCGGACCACAUGGGUGCUUGGACAGCUCUCGGCCAAGCCCAAGCACAGAAUGAAAAGGAGUCACCGGCCAUCCGCGCUCUGGAACACGCUCUGAAACUCGAUCCCAACAACCUGGAAGCUCUGAUGGGUUUGGCUGUAUCAUACACAAACGAGGGCUACGAUAGCACAGCUUACCGAACACUCGAACGCUGGGUCGCCACAAAAUANCCCUCCCUUAUCAACGCCCCUCUUUCCUCUCAAGAUGAUGAGAUCGGCUUUACUGACCGUCAUGCCCUGCAUGAAAAAGUGACAGACUUGUUCAUCCAAGCCGCACAACUAUCUCCGCAUGGCGAGCAGAUGGACCCUGACGUCCAGGUUGGCUUGGGCGUCCUCUUCUAUGGCGCAGAAGAGUACGACAAGGCGGUCGAUUGCUUUGGUGCUGCCCUGGCCUCAACCGAAGAAGGCAGCACAAAUCGACAAGAAGAGUUGCAUCUUCUCUGGAACCGUCUCGGCGCCACACUCGCAAACUCUGGCAGAUCGGAAGAGGCCAUCGACGCCUACUCCCGUGCGCUGGAGAUGCGACCCAACUUUGUCAGAGCACGCUACAAUCUAGGUGUAUCGUGUAUAAACAUUGGGUGUUACGAAGAAGCGGCACAGCACCUCCUCGGUGCUCUGGCGAUGCACCGCAUCACGGAGAAAGAGGGCUUGGAGAAGGCACGACAGGUGGUUGGCGAUAACAACAUGACGGAUGCGAAACUGGAAGCCAUGAUCACCCAAAACCAGAGCACAAAUCUCUAUGACACGCUGAGGAGGGUGUUUGCGCAGAUGGAACGCAGAGACCUGCAAGAGCUUGUUGGACCCGGCAUGAACCUCGAGGAUAUGAGGCAGCAUUUUGAGUUCUAG